CACACACACACACACACACACACACAGGAGAGAGGACAGCAUACAUUUAACCGAAACUCGCUGAAACACUCCAACAGAGCUGAAGAAAGUGCUUCUGGAACAGAUGUUCUCUGAGCUCUAACACUUAACAGGACUUGCUGUGUUCUUGAUCUCUGCAAUGCCUACCAAACCGAAAAACAGACCCUCUGACUCUGUGUUCUGACUCUCUGGUUAGAGAUGUGCGAGUCUGCAGGUUGCAACUCCUCCGUCUCCUCGGUCUCCUCCAUCUCCUCUAUCUCUCUGGUGGAGAUUAAGGUGGAGACUCAUCUGGUCCUGCAGGCUUUUCUCCAUCGGACCCUCUCCAUCCCCCUGAAGGAGAGGCCCGGCACAGUGGGAGGGCUCUACAGAGACCCCAGCAAGUUCAGCUCCAAACCACAACCAAAAGCAAAGGAUGGGGGGGAUCCUCAAGCUGCAGAUAUCACCUCAGCAGACGAGAAGAAGACUGGAUUCAAGGACUUCAUAAAGCAGCUGCCUCUAAAUAACAGCAUACGCCGGCCCGCCAAAGACCCUAGAGGCUCCCUGGACCGGGACAGCCGGUCGAAGGCCGUCAGAGACCUGAGAGACGAUGAUGUCAGAACCCCCUCCUCUACAUCAGAAGAAGAGGAGGGCGAGAAGAAACAGCCCAAGAAGCUGAACCAGAAGAAGAUUAAAAGAAAGAUCUCCAGGUUCUUCAAGAAAAGGAUAGAGAAAGAAAAAGAGGAGAAGGACAAAGAGAGGGAGAAAGAGAGGGACAAAGAGAAGGACAAAGAGAGGGACAGAGAUGGAACUCGUCCUCAGAGGCCUUCCACGCUGCCAAUCGACAAACAGCUUGAACCCCCCCCGGACAUCAUCUCACCCAACCACCCUCCGGAGUUCUAUGAAGAAGUAGCAGAGAAGCUGGAGCAGAUUGCCCGGAGGACCACCAGCAAAAAGACACUGUGUCCCACAGCCCCAUCCCCAACAGCAGUGUGGGACAAAGAGGCUGUGGUGCAGCAGCUGGCUCAGGUUCUGUCUUUAGAGGGGGAUUCCAUCAACACUAAGUCCUACUGUAUCUUCCUCCAGAUCCAGACGGACCCCUUCCUUCGCUCCAGCUUGGCUCGUCUCUCCUAUGCUUCCUUUGCCAAGCUUCUCGACACGUACAGUGGCAGUGAGGUGUUGGACCCCCCCGCCCUGCAGCUGGCAGCCAGUCCCACGCUCAGACGUAUGGCAGUAACCAUGGAGGUGACACGCAGGAUCGUGACGGCCACAGGUGCCCAGCGCAUGCAGGGCUACGCUGAGAGCUACAUGGAGACCUUCGCCCCCUGGGUGAAGAGCCAGGGAGGAUGGGAGAAUGUGGUAGACCUGGAAGAGCCUUCAGAGUAUGACUGAGUGUUCCGAGCUCCGGACUACUCUUGUUUUGAGCUUUGGAGGAGGAGGAGGCAGAGAGGGACCCCACUCUGCCUCUUUGCAGGGACACGCUCUUCCACUGACUUUCAUCUGUUACUAGAUUCCAGAAGCCUCUGUGAUGCUCCUCUGGAGUCCGGACAUCAGGAGGAGCUCUGGUUACUGUUUGAACACGGUCAGCAGGAAGCUGCUGCUGUGGAGAGUGUUUGAUCACUGUGAAACUUCUGAUCAGCUGUUUACAUCAUGAUGACAUCCUGUCAAACGGGUUAUUGUGCCUGUUACAGUGGCACCCCCCCAUAUUGCUUUACUGAUGGAACAGAAUGCCUCCUAGGAGUUGCUCAAAGUGACAAUAAUAUACACACCACACCCACACCUCCUAUUUUAACCUUUUUUCCACCAUUUUUAAAAAUGUUGUUGUUUUUAAAAGCUGCUAUUUUAACCAUUUUUAUGAAAUAAUCAGACGGGUGUUUAAACACUCACAAACGGAACCAGUGGGUGUUCUCUGCUACUUACAUAAAUCAUGAUAAAGUGAAGAAAAUUGGACUUGCAAUAUGAUGUUUUUUAUAUGUAUAUUUUUUACUAAGAUGUUAUUCUAAGACAGGUCAAGCACUGGGUACUUGCAUGAGUGGCAUGGGCUGUAAUGGGCAUGUGGACCCUGCACCCCCCCUGUGGUGGAUUGGAAACAGUUCCUUUGCUAUUGAAGUAGUUUCACUUACAGUUUCAGUUUCACAUCUGAUGAAGAAAAGUAUUGACUCAACAUUGAUGCAACAUCCAUUAAUGACAUCAAUCUUUAAGGAUGAGUGGGGCUGGGGGGGAAGCAGAUAUGAUCAAAGAUAAUGUGUGUCUGACCUGAGCCCCCGUGUGGAGACUCACCUGUCCUCCAUAAGAAAGACAUGUUAUCUCACUGUUUUUAAUAGAUUGUAUUUUUAUAUCUGAGCUUAACAAAGUGCACUGACGUACGAGCAACAGACUGGUUGAACACAGUGAAUGUAAGAACAGCUGUUUAUUAAAUUCACACACAUUUAAAAUCAUGUCUUUGUGAUCUGUGAUUUGCUUAAGUGUGGAACAUCCGCACAAAUGGAUUCAGCUCGGUUAAAAAUAUUCGUAUUGUUUAAAGAUCAUCAACGGAGUACAAAGCCCCGCCCUCACAGGAAGUCACACUGUUAGUUAAAAGGAAGUGCAAUCAAACUUUAAAUACAGAGGAGAAGAUUGCCAUAAAAAUCAAGAAAUCUCAAGAAAUGUAAAGCAUAAUAUCUUACUGUUUUGUUAAAACACGUGUAAAAGUAUUAAUAAUAUGUUUGGCUUCAUUAGAUACUAAAAAUAAAUGUAAAGCUUUAAAAUGA